CGUCAUUUUCCCGAGACAGUAAUUUUGUUUACAUUUUAUCAAUUACUUCCGUAUUUUGGCAUUUUUUUUCAUCUUACUGCAUAAAGGACUGUUGAAUAUUACGAACAUGGUGAAUUUCGUGUUUAUACCUCUCGUCGCAAUGUCUCCGACGGCCAAGAAUAUUUUUUCUGUACUGUUAAAUCCUCCUAAAGUGCUGCAGACCUGCGAUAAAUGUUUUAGAGAUUGGAGAGGAUUUGCUGGUGUUCUCGGUAUCGGGGGGGAGGCAAACGCAAUCAUAACUUCUAGUCCCGACCCAACUGCAGCAAUUUUCGAUAUUCUGAAGACCAGGGAAGAGAAGAUUACCUUUGAGCAAUUGUUGAAGGUUUUGAAAAAAAUCGACAGGUGGGAUGUCGUUGAUGACACUACUGAUAUACUGGAGAAGGACGGCAAGGUAUAUUUGGAGAGGCUACAGAAAGGCGAUGCACAGGAGGUUGAUAUAAGUGUAGACAACAAGAUGUUGACUUAUGACGAUAUGAUACGGUACGAAGCUGGUGAACCGAUGCAGUCUUACGACGCCUUCCUCCUCUAUGCCGAAGAAGAUACUCCCUUCGCCAACGAAAUCAUCGAGAACCUCGAGAAAAAAGGAAAUCUCCACCUCUGCACAAAAGACAGAGAUCUAAUCAGUCGUGGUGAAAGAUUCGAAUCAGAGGUACUGAUGCAGUUGAUUUCUGAGAGAUGUACAAGAUUGAUUGUGGUUCUCUCACCCAACUUCAUCAAAAGUCCAGUCAACACAUUUUUGAUGGACUUUGGGCAAACAACAGGUCUCCAUGAGCGACGACGAAAAAUAGUUCCUGUUCAUUAUCAAGACUGUGAAAUUCCAAUACAAAUGCGUCAUACUGUCAUGCUUCAUUACAACAGAGCGGGAAUUUACGACUUCUGGGAACGAUUCAGAAAUUGCAUUCGUACAGUUGCACCACCUGCAAUCGCUGCGGAUCGCAGAAUUGUGGAGAAUUCUCUGGAGUCGCAGAAAAUCCCUGAAUUAUCUCCGAAAGUGAAUGGAGAGAUUCCCCAGGGAGAUAAAAUUGAAACUGUGGAGAGAAAUAAUUCACCACAAUUAAAUUCAAAGCCAGUAAAGAAAGAGGGAUUUUUCAGGUUUUCGAAGAAGAAAUCUGUCAAAAAGAAGGAUAGUGCGAUUAACCUACCGUCUUUGAGUGGAUUAGAUAAGCUUGAAGAGGCAGAUAGUGAAGCAAAGGAGAAGAAAAGAAGGAACAAGGGAGUGGUGAAAAGAAUUAAGGCCCUUGUAUCAAGAUCCUGAUAAAAUGUGCGAAAGAACGAAAGUUUCAUGGACAUUGAGGUUCUCAGAGGAUUUCUGAGCCAUCCACUAAUGUUUCGAAAUUCGUAAAACAUUAAGAGGAAGUAUGGUAAAAGUGAGUUUCUAAUUUCCAGAACCAAGUGACUCAUUUUAAGAAAUUCAUGCUUCUAGACAGCUACACGGAGAAUAAAAAACUGAUUAGGUAAUUUCAGAAGAACAAUCCCUAAAAUGAGGUACUAAAAACCUACUCAUUUCAAAUUAGAAAAGUUCUUUGAUAAAGAAUGGUUGGCUUCAUAAAUGAAACCAACCUCUUUGAGUUUUUAAAUUAAAAAACAUUGGA